AUGUCGCUGAUUGUGCAUCUAUCGCGCUAUGUCUGGGCUAGCAUUUUAUGCUCCUUUGGGGGAUUCCUGUUCGGGAUGGACACCGGCAUCAUCGGAUCAGUAGUUGUGAUGCAGCAAUUCACGCAGAAAUUCGGCUCCUUCUCGUCCAUCGUUCACGGGCUCGUCGUCUCCGCGGUCUUAAUCCCCGCUGCCUUCUCCUCGUUCUUCGGCGGCAAACUGGCCGAUUGGGUGGGACGGCCCAAGGCCAUCAGUCUGGGGGCGCUCAUCUUCGGGGUCGGAGCGGCCAUCGAAGCGGGCGCCGUGCAUCUGGCCAUGUUCAUUGUCGGCCGUGUCGUGGAGGGACUCGGGGAGGGUCUGUAUCUGGGGACGCUGGUUGUAUACAUCUGCGAGAUCUCGCCUCCGAAGCAACGAGGCCCGCUCACCACUGGCCCGCAACUCUUCGUCACCGUCGGCCUUGUGGUCGGCUUCUUCACCUGCUAUGGCUGCGAGCGCCUGCACUCGUCCAUGGCGUGGCGCACCCCAUUCACCCUGCUGGCUGGCGUCUCCGUCCUCUUCGGUCUCGCGGCGUUCCUGUGGCUGCCCGAGUCCCCGCGGUGGCUCACCCUCCACAACCGCUCCGACGAGGCCACGCGCGCCUGGGAGUAUCUCCAAGUCAGCCCGGCGGAUCGGGAGGAGCUAAGCGAGGAAGACGACUACGACGCCCAUGAAGAGGCCGUCACUCACCCACUGGCGCCGACGGGCAGCACCCUGGCCCCGAACACCCUCGAACAAACCAGCCUGUUCGACGCGUUCAAGCCGGACGUGCGCAAUCGUACGUUUUUGGGUCUAUUCCUGAUGUCCAUGCAGCAACUCGCCGGGAUUGACGGGGUUCUCUACUACGCCCCGCUUCUCUUCGAGCAAGCAGGCAUGACCUCCGACCAAGCCAGCUUCCUCGCCUCGGGCGUGUCGGGGAUCGUCAUCUUCGCCGUGACGGUGCCCGCGCUCAUCUACGCCGACAGCUGGGGCCGGCGCCACAACGUCAUCCUGGGCGGCCUGGGGCUGGCGGCCACCAUGCUGGUGAUCGGCGCGCUGUACGCCGCCGACACCGUCCACGAGUCCACGGGCGCCGGCCGCUGGGUCGUCAUCGUCGCCAUCUACCUGUUCGCCGCCAUCUACAGCGUCUCCUGGGCCGUCAGCUGCAAGAUCUACGCCGCCGAGAUCCAGCCCCAGCGCACCCGCGCCUCCGCCACCUGUCUCGCCCACGGCGCCAACUGGAUCUCGAACUUCUUUGUCGCCUUGAUCACCCCAGUGUUGCUGGCGAAGAGUAGCUGCGCCGCGUAUUUCUUGUUCGGCGGGUGUACGCUCGUCACCGCGGCGGUGUGUUGGGUGUGGAUGCCGGAGACGAAGGGGAAGUCGUUGGAGGAGGUGGAGCGGUCGUUUGUUAGGGGGAAGAGGGGUUGA